ACAGAUCUUUGGGAAGUCAGUGAGCAGGCCGUUUCAGUAUUAUACGCACGGGAUCUCUGCCCAGAGCAUGUGUACAGUCGUCAUACCUUACACUGGUCGUCUGUCUGGGGGAUAUGAGUGAUUCUUAUGUGACAUAGCUGAUAUACGUGAGCAGUUCAUUUUAAGAAGUAGCAUUCCUUGACUCCGACCAUCCAACAAUGGAGUACCUUGGCCACACCCAAACCGCCACCUACAUGACUGGGCCCAGGAACAACACCCAGACAGACUUCCUCCCCUCUAUCAGCACCAUGCGCUCCUCCUACAAAGCGUAUGACACCUACCCGGCUCCAUCACCACUUAGAAGGUCUCUCACAACCCUCCCAUGGAGACCCAGCACCUACUACCAGACCGCAAUGGUGAACCCAAACUCGGCUCUUACCCGCAGCAUGCCUGACCCUAUGUCAGCUAGGAACCAGCUCACUCAACUGGAUAGUAUUAAAGUGCCCCCAGUGUUCGCUGCUGCCAGGAAUGCUCUCUACACCCGCUACACCCCCAAUGAUUGGAGUUCAUCUAACCAGAGCAACUACUUGUCGUCUGACAGGGUCAGGAGCGGUGCUGAGCGUCUGAGGUUCGACACCGUCCGUCUUUGCCGUGAGACAGACGACAAGACCCGCCGCACCCAGAGCGAUGUGGGCAAGCGACUUGGCGAGAGGAUCGGGGACAUCACCUUCUGGAAGACAGAACUCAACCAUGAGACCGACAACAUGAUCACUGAGACCAAUUCUCUCCAGGAGGCCAAGAGGAUCAUGGAGAAGGCUCUGGCUGAGACAGAGAAUCCCCUUCACAUCUCACAGGAGUGUCUGUACAACAGAGAGAAGAGGCAGACCAUCGACCUCGUGCAUGACAACCCAGAGAAGGAACUCAUCAAGGAGGUGGAUAUCAUCAAGCGAUGCCAGGACAGGAUGAGGAAUGUCAUCGACAAGGCUAAUGUCCAGCUCAGCCUGAACCGUGCAGCUCAGCAUGAGCUUGAGAAGGACUCUGGUGACAAGUUCAUGGCUCAGAACCUUGAUGAGAACUGCCACCUGAUGAGGAACAACUCCCGUGGCCUCGCCUACCAUAAUGGCGUCAACAGGAUUGACAAUACUGUCUCCGUGCCUGAGACAUGGGCCAAGUUCAGCAACGACAACAUCCAGCGUUCCCAGAGCGAGCGCGCCGCUUCCAAACAGUUGAGGAAUGAGAUUGAGAGCGUGCUCAACUCCUGCGCAAACGAGAUGUGGCAAGAGUGGAACGCAGUAAACGUGGCCCUCACUCACAGGAUGCAGGAGACAACUGACGCCAGAAACAAACUCCAGACCCAUCUGUCCAAGGUCCUGCAGGAGAUCUUCGACAUGGAAAAGAACAUCGAGCUGCUGAAGAAGGCCAUCCAGGACAAAGAGGCGCCCAUGCAGGUCGCCCACACCAGGCUCGACACAAGAAUCCGCAGGCCCAACGUUGAACUCUGCCGCGACCCUGUCCAACACAGACUUGUGUCAGAGGUUGCCGAGAUCACGGACACCGUGGACUUCCUCCAGGCCAAGCUGCGCAUGUCUGAGAAUGCCCUCCAGGAACUUCUCCGAACCAAGUCCGCCCUGGAACAGGACCUGUCCGUCAAGAACAACAGCCUCUUCAUCGACAGAGAGAAGUGCUUGGGCAUGCGCAAAACCUUCCCCAUGUCACCACGCAUUGUCUCUGUGUAACUGCGCCUGAAUAUAGUUCUCUCACUGAUUGUCCUAUUGGCUCAUCUGUGAUGGCCUUGUAUGGGGAAAUGUUAACCCCUUUUAUUGCAUGUUGCAAAAGGACAUAAACAUGUUGUUAAAUAUUCAAACAGAGCUGUUCCAAAUGUCCAUUUCACAGUAUUGUUUUCUUUUGAACCAAAUCGAAUCAGUAUUACGUUUGCCACUGCUGGAAAGGUUUGAUACUGUCCAUAAUUAACUAGUUUGUUCAUAUGCAAUAUUCCGUCCAAUUACAAUUUUCCAGCAUCAGUAUCAUAUAUUGUUGUCUCAGUGUAAUCAAAGUGGUUUUCUACACAAGCUUUAUUGUAAAUAGACCGAUUUCUAACUGCGUGGAUGAAGAACCAGGUUGCAAACUAUUCAUUUAAGAACUUUCGAUGUUUUCAAUGCAAAACCUUAAAUGAAACCGUUUCUAGCCACAUAUUUUCCCCGUUUUGGGUUUGAGUGUUUUCGUGUUGAAACCGUUUUAUCCUUUUGGAAACAAUUUAAAGGUGUAUAGGAGCAUCAUACUUGUAUAUAACUCUCUUUUAGAGCUGUUUCACCAAUAUCUGUGAUAUACAUAUCUGGAUUCCAUGCACUCUACAACACACAUUGUUUGAACUGUGAAGUAAGAAGGUGCAUGCAUCUAGAUUUGUGAUUGUUCUUGCACACUCUCCUGUCUCUGUUUGCUUUAUUCAGAUGUUUUAUUUUUAUUGUAAAAAGAUUUUUUGCGAAUACAAUAUGUGAAUUACA